AUGAAUUUGAGCAAAAUACCAGCCGCCCCUCCACCACCCGGAGUUACACCUAAUUUUGACAAUCCCGAGGGAUCUGAGUUCAAGAUCUAUUCUGUUAGCAUCGCAAUGUGCUCGUCUGCAACACUCAUCUUACUUCUUCGGUUAUAUACCCGCCUUGUCCUUUUGAGAACGUCCGGCCUGGAUGAUUUUUGCUGUAUUGUUGGACAGAUAUGUGCGUGGAUAUUUGCCAUUCUCAGCCUGAUCAAUAUUCGGAAUGGAUACGGGGUACAUAUCUGGGACUUACAUCUUGAUAAACUUACCCCUUUCAAGAAGUAUGACCUCGCAGAAGAAGGUAUCUAUGCUCUCGGUGUCUGGUUCGUCAAAACCGCGAUUCUUCUAUUCUAUCUCAGACUUAACCCCGACAAACUCUUCCGCAAAAUGACGUUUGCUAUCAUGACAUUUGUUGCCGUGUACAGUCUGCUCAGCAUCUUCAUCUUCACCAUGGGGUGUAUUCCAGUGCAGGCUAUGUGGGACAUUACUAUUAAGGGGGCUAAAUGUGUCGACGCGUUCGCGUUCGUCUACGCCAAUGCAGCCUUCAAUGUGUUCUCUGACGUUGUCACCUUGAUUCUCCCAAUAAAACUAUGCUGGUCGUUACAAACAUCACUAAGGCAAAGGAUGCUCUUGAUGGUAGUCUUUGGAACGGGCUCAUUCGCUUGCAUCGUGGCGAUUCUCCGAAUCAUCACGAUGAUGCCGUAUAUAUCCAGCAAUGAUUUUACGCACUUCAAGGUCACCCUUGCAAAUUGGUGCAUGAUUGAAAUAAACGUUGGUAUAAUAUGCGCUUGUCUCCCAACUAUGCGACCGCUGCUGGCGCGUUCCUUCCCACGGAUCUUCAGUAGCAUCGACAGAAGCAAUAACUACAAGGGCUCAGGCGGUAGCUAUUCCCUGAAGCCACGCAGGAAGAUCAGGAACUGGGACCAUCUGACAACUCUGAACAAUACUCAGCUCACAACACAGGAUCCUGAGAGCCAAAAGAACUCCGAAAGUGUUCAAGAACUAGUGAAGCCGGAUGGAAACGAUGACCCGCAGAGGAUCUAUAAGUCAACAGAUUAUCCGGUAACAUAUGAUAAAGAUUAUAGUCAUCAUGCCUAA